GCCGGGUGGCGGCGGGCAGACUCCUGGCACAUCUGCACCCCGCGACCCCUGCGCCCGCGGGCACCAUGAGCGGCCGAAUCGGGGACUUGAGCCCCCAGCAGCAGGAGGCGUUGGCCAGGUUCCGGGACAACCUCCAAGACCUGCUGCCCGCCCUGCCCAAUGCUGAUGAGUAUUUCCUCCUGCGCUGGCUCCGAGCUCGGAAAUUUGACCUGCAGAAAUCUGAGGACAUGCUCCGGAAGCACAUGGAGUUCCGGAAGCAACAGGACCUGGACAAUAUCCUCUCGUGGCAACCCUCAGAGGUGAUCCAGCUGUACGACUCCGGUGGUCUGAGUGGCUAUGACUAUGAAGGCUGCCCCGUGUGGUUCGACAUCAUUGGGACCCUUGACCCCAAGGGUCUUCUCCUGUCAGCCUCCAAGCAGGAGCUGAUCCGGAAGCGCAUCAGGGUCUGUGAGCUGCUUCUGCGGGAGUGUGAGCUGCAGAGUCAGAAGCUGGGCAGGAAGAUUGAGACGGUGCUGAUGGUGUUUGACAUGGAGGGGCUCAGCCUGAAACACCUGUGGAAGCCAGCUGUUGAGGUCUACCAGCAGUUUUUUGCCAUCCUGGAAGCAAAUUACCCUGAGACGCUGAAGAAUUUGAUUGUCAUUCGAGCCCCCAAGCUGUUCCCCGUGGCCUUUAACUUGGUCAAGUUGUUCAUGAGUGAGGAAACGCAAAGGAAGAUAGUGAUUCUCGGAGGCAACUGGAAGCAGGAGCUGCCCAAGUUCAUCAGCCCUGACCAGCUGCCUGUGGAGUUUGGGGGGACCAUGACUGACCCUGAUGGCAACCCCAAGUGCCUGACCAAGAUCAAAUAUGGGGGCAACGUGCCCAAGAACUACUACCUGCGCAACCAGGUGAGGAUGAAUUAUGAGCACACGGUGACCGUGGCCCGAGGCUCCUUCAUGCAGCUGGAGAACGAAAUCCUGUUCCCGGGCUGUGUGCUCAGGUGGCAAUUCGCAUCAGAAGGGGCAGACAUCGGCUUCGGGGUUUUCCUGAAGACCAAGAUGAGCGAGUGGCAGCGGGCAGGGGAGCUGGUGGAGGUGCUGCCCAUCCAGCGCUACAAAGCCCACGUGGUCCCUGAGGACGGGAGCCUCACCUGCCUCAAGGCCGGCGUCUAUGUCCUGCGCUUCGACAACACCUACAGCCUGAUGCACACCAAGAAGGUCAGCUACACUGUGGAGGUGUUGCUCCCAGACAAGGCCUCCGAGGAGAAGAUUCAAGGUUUCGAGGCGAGGAGACCAUCCCCAGCGCAGUGAAGACCCCAGCUGCCUCUGUGCCUGGGCUCUUCCAGCCCUUAGCAGUCCCCUCCCUGUCCCUUGCCCUCCCAGGUGGGGUGGUGUUUGGAGGAGCCACCACCCUGUGUCACCAUCUCAGCUCCUUGUGGGGCCCACCAGGCACAGGGGCAGAGCAGGAAAGGGGACAUCCAGUGCAUGGCCACACUGGGGAUUCAGACAGACACCUGAUCCCCUGUUUGCAGAGACUGAGGAUGAGCCAGGGUCCACCAAGGAAGUGUCCCGCCCAUAGAAGCUUCUGUCACUCCUGACAAAGUCCACCAGUCCCGGGACUCAUCCACACCUAGUGAUCUGGUCUGGGGGUGUGUGCAUGAGCCCCAGGCCAUGCAGGGAGCAUAGCGUCAAGUCUGAAGAGCAGAGAAGGCUCCAUCUCUGCACGUGGGGGCUCAGCAGGGGUGGACAGGGCCAGCUGGAUGUGGCCGAGUGGAAAAAUGGGGCCAGCUGGAUGGUAGAACUGAGGGUCUUGGUUCUGGGAGGGCACCAGGGCCCUUUGGAGCUGUCCUCCUGCCUUUGGAGGGAAGAUCAGAAACGGAGCAUGAGGCCCAGCAGGGAUAACCAUCGGGAGGAAAAGCCAUGCUCGGUCACACAGAGCUACAUGGGUGAAGACCGAGUCUCUCGGAAUUCUCAGCGACCCCGGCCUCCCCCUCCCCACCUGCCGUGAUCCAGCUGACAUUCAGCUUGGGUUCUUUCUGGCUCUGAGUAAGGACCAGGACUGUAGAGCUGGAGUGAAGUGGAACAUGCUGGAAUAAAGUAGAACGAGCUGGGGUGGAGCUGUCAUCCCAGUGUGCUUAUCCUAGACUCUGAUUUUCUUCUUGGAGAACCAUCGAGCUUUUCCUCCAUCUUUGUGUCUCACUAGAGGGACAGCUAAAUGUUGGCUGCCAAAUCCCCACCACCCCACCCCAAAUGCAACUCAGUAGCUGGCCGGUAAUGGCUUCUGUUUCCCAAAGACUGGCUCUCCUGGUGCCCGCAGCCCACAGCCAGGACCACUGUCCGCUCUGCUAGAUGAGCUGCCCCCAACAGAGCAGACCUGGCCCAGAAUGAGCCAGUGCAGCUGCUCAGUGGUCAGAUGUCCCUGUGAGAGGGGUCCUUGGUGCAAAGCAUUAGCAUCCUGGCCGCCAAGACCUUUACCAGACGCAGGAAGCCUCAGCAAACACUGACAUCCACGUGCUUUACAAAUAAGAAGCCGGCUCAGGCCCCUUUCUUGCUCUCAGAUUCUGUGAUUUCAUUUUUUUCCCCAGUUAAUAGCUUUCCUGGUUUCCCAUGGCCUGUUCUUCCCAGGCAAGAAAACAAUGAGGCUUGGGAAGGUGGGGGUCUUCAGGUGAGCUAUGCGAGGUCCUCGGGGCCCCCGGCCCUCCACCUGUGGCAGGCUGCGUCACCCAUGGUCCAGCACACAGUCUGAACAGGGCCUCUGCUGCUACAGAAAGCAAACUAACGGGAGGAAACACGAUUUGAAAGCCAGUGCAUGGAGGCGUGGCUGGUCCAACAGUGUUUGAGGAGUUUGGCGAGAAAAAAACGGCCCUGCCCGCACCAAGGAGACAGCCUGGGGCUGCCAGGUGAAAAUCACCGGACAUCCUCAUGUCCAAGGGCUGCUUCUGCCUCCCCGCUGCAACGGGCUCUCCCACCACCCCACUGCACGCCGCGGCCGCCCUCCGCAGACCCAGAGGCACUUGGGCGUUCCAGAGCCAUCUUCCUGCUGCACAGGCUAGAGAGGGCACGGCUGGCUGGGGUUGUAAGGGCCGCAGGUCAGGUUUCCCUGGGCCCACCCGUUGUCAUGACCGGGGUGGGGGUGUGGAGGUUCACAAUGCCUCACUUCAGCCUUACAUCCCCGGACUAAAAACAAGGGGUUCACAGAUUUGAACCCUCAUCCUUGCUUUUCCAACACCCACAGCCAAAUUCCCACAAUCAGCACAGCCUCCUCUGGCUUCCUUGCAAGUAGCAGAUUGGUCCCCACCGUGCACAAGGGUUUAAUUUACACAAAUAUGGGCUGCCCAGGGAGUGGCAAGUAACGGAGGGCUCAGGGGUCGGGUGUGGGCACCAGUGACCUUGAACCCCAGAGCUGGCAGAGUGCACCGCAUGUGAAGCUGUGAGUACAGUGGUCACCUUCAGAAGUGAGGACAGGAUCUUCUGUCCGGCAAGGUGGACAGGGGACAUAUCCUCAACAACUCCGUCCCUGACUCGAAGCCAUCGCUUCUUUACCAAAAAAACAGGCGGGGGGGGGGGGCGGCGCCUGGG